UUUGACUUCAUACCUCUCUCUUCUGCGAUCAUUUCACUCUCCGCUCUCCAGCUGCUGCUACGCUCUUGAUUGAGUGAUAGUCACAGUAUCGCGUCCAUCUAUCGUAAAUCCAAUCGCUACCAUGGCCGCCCUUCGCACCACUCGCCUGUUGGCCACCUCCAGGCCAUUGUUCACCUCCUCCGUCUUCGCCCGCUCCUAUGCCACCGUCGAUCCCAUCUCCAAGGUCAGCGAAGCCACCUCGAGCAGCAGCAAAUUUGUGCCCGAAUCGCAAACCUCCACCGUCAAGGAUCCUGCUCCUUCCGCCACUCCUCGCACCAAGACGUUCCAUGUCUACCGCUGGGAUCCCGAUACUCCGUCCGAGAAGCCUCGUAUGCAGAGCUAUACUCUUGACCUGAACAAGACCGGUCCUAUGAUGCUGGAUGCGUUGAUUCGGAUCAAGAAUGAGGUUGACCCUACGUUGACUUUCCGCCGAAGCUGCCGUGAGGGUAUUUGUGGAAGUUGUGCUAUGAACAUCGAUGGUGUGAAUACUUUGGCUUGUUUGUGCCGUAUCCCUACCGAUACCACCAAGGAAUCUCGCAUCUACCCACUCCCACACACCUACGUUGUUAAGGAUUUGGUUCCCGACUUGACCCAUUUCUACAAACAAUACAAAUCCAUUAAGCCAUAUCUUCAGCGAGAUACCAAGACUGAAGAUGGCCUUGAGAACCGUCAAUCGAUCGAAGAGCGUCGCAAACUCGACGGUCUCUACGAAUGUAUCCUUUGUGCCUGCUGCUCUACCUCCUGCCCAUCCUACUGGUGGAACAGCGAAGAGUAUCUCGGUCCCGCCAUUCUGUUGCAGUCAUACCGUUGGUUGGCCGAUUCCCGUGACGAGAAGACCGAAGAGCGCAAGGCGGCUCUUAAUAACAGUAUGAGCGUCUACCGAUGCCAUACUAUCCUCAACUGCUCGAGGACAUGUCCCAAGGGUCUUAACCCCGGUAAGGCAAUUGCUGAGAUCAAGAAGAUGAUGGCGUUUUAGAUAAAAUCUUUUAUGUACUGUUUAAACAUAUUGUAUAAAUUGAUCAAUUGACAAUUCGCAUUUCUUUGUUUUGUUGUAGUGUCAAUUGACGGACGAACGGGACGCCCGUCUCCUUGACAGCAUGCCUUUUCUCCGGUUGUGUAAUGUUAUGGAGAGAAGAAUAGAGCUGAUUCUAUAACUGCUCGAAUAUUUGUUC